CCUUCUCCAAUCAAGAUAUUCUGAACCCAUGCUCUGAUUUCUUCACUCGAAUUCUUGCUUGGGUAAGCAGAUAAUUUCCAUCUCCAUGGCGUCGUCCGAGAACUUGGCUGGCAUCGAACCGUGGGCUUUCCGAUCGCCCAUAGCUGACUCCUGGAUCUCUGAAGCCUUCGCUCGCGACACCGAAACACUGACCAAAGCUCUCCAGAAAUCACUCUCCGGCACUGCUGUUUCUGAUUCGGUUGUUUCGUUUCCUGACGUGAUGAAGUCCGGUGUGGCUACCACGCCGACUGCUUCCACUCUGUCCGGGUCCGACCCGGAGUCGUUUGUGCCGAAGCGGCAGAGAAAUGGUAUUGCGGUUUCUGGCGGGAAGGUGACGAAGCGGAAGUCGCGUGCGACGAAGCGGUCUCAGACUACGUUUAUAACUGCGGAUCCGGCGAAUUUCAGGCAGAUGGUGCAGCAGGUGACUGGGGUGAGGUUUGGGAACUCGCAGAUGCCGGUGGUUCCGAUUCUGAAGCCGGAGCCGCAGAGGCCUGGUGGAACACGGUUGACCGGAGUGGGUGGGGGCUUGCCGACGUUGGACACGUCGGCGUUUUUGUUGGACCAUCACCAACAGAGCGUCGCGAUGGGCACUGUUGGUUCUGGGGUGGGCUUUGGUUCUGGCCCACUUGGGUUUCAGGCUUCUGUGGGGCCAGAUUGUGGCGGUUCUGGCUUAGAUUUUGAGACUUUUCAGAACUUCCCCACUCUAGAAUCCUGGAAAGUAAUGUGAUAAUUUUAGUUUUUUUUAGUUCUUUUUUUUUUUUUUAAUUUUAUUUUCUGGUAUUUUUGUAUUUUGUAGUGGAGGAUUAUGGUGGUGUUAAUAGAUGGGUGCUUUUUUU